AUGGUUGCUGCAAUCCAUGUCGUGAAACGAAGUGCUUUGGCUCUCUUGCUUGCUAACCAGGGGAUCAACUUCUUGCUUGAGGAGUUUCAAGCAACAUGUGUUGGUAAUAAUAACUCUGAUCCAUACCUAAGAACUGUGGAACCUAGAAGUUUAAAUAGUUGGGCAGAAAAUUAUGCAGAAACCAAACAACAACUUCCAAACUUUAAUCACUACAAGAACUGUGGAACCAAGGGUUUUGUUUUCUGCUUCAUACCAGGUAGCAUAGUUUUAAAUCGUGGACGGUUGAUCAUGGGAGCAGGACCGGUAGGCCUCAUCACUUUGCUUGCUGCUAGCGCAUUUGGUGUCCCUAGGGUGGUGAUUGUUGACGUUGAUGAUCAGCAUUUUCUUUGCAUGCCCUUCUCGAGGUUCAAAAGGGAAGAGACAGUUGCUGUAGGGGUUCAAGUCUUGAAUCUAAAGCUUCCAUUUGAGGAGAUUGAAGUCCUUUGCAACAAUUUGGAGUUGAUCAAGAGACAAUCGGUCUUCAUAAGUUGGUUAAAGAAACUUAUCAAACUCAGGUGGAGUCUAGGGUUUAAAUUGAAAAGGAUGGAAUGGGUUGCUCUAUCAAAGUUUCUCAAAGGUGGUGAGUGGUGGGGAGGCUCUAUUUCGUCACGCAAUAUGCCACUCUCCCACCCUAAUUUCACCCUCUAG